CCGCACCGCGGAGCUCCCGGAGCUUUGGCGUCCCCGCGCUCCCAACCUCACCCUCUCAACCCGCUCGCGUGAGCCCGGGGCCGGGGCCGGACCUUUGCGGCGAUCUGUUUUCCUCCUCUUCCCCCUUUGUUGCUCCGGAACCCGGCCUCGCCGCCGCAGCGCUCCCGCUCCCGGAGAAAGAGGCGGCUGCGAGCAGCGCACCGGCCCCUUCCUGCAGACUCGCACGUCCUUCCCCAGCACCCCGCCGCCGGCGCCCGCUCGCCCGAGGGAACUCGUGGAGACUUCCUUAAUGCACCCAUUCCAGUGGUGUAACGGGUGCUUCUGUGGCUUGGGACUGGUUAGCACCAACAAGUCCUGCUCGAUGCCACCCAUCAGUUUCCAAGACCUUCCUCUCAACAUCUACAUGGUCAUCUUCGGCACAGGCAUCUUUGUCUUCAUGCUCAGCCUCAUCUUCUGCUGCUACUUUAUCAGCAAACUCCGGAACCAGGCGCAGAGUGAACGAUACGGAUACAAGGAGGUGGUAUUGAAAGGUGAUGCCAAGAAAUUACAGCUAUAUGGACAGACCUGCGCCGUUUGUCUGGAAGACUUCAAGGGGAAGGACGAGCUAGGCGUGCUCCCAUGCCAGCAUGCCUUUCAUCGCAAGUGUUUGGUGAAGUGGCUGGAAGUGCGUUGUGUGUGCCCCAUGUGUAACAAGCCCAUUGCCGGGCCCUCGGAGGCCUCGCAGAGCAUCGGGAUCCUCCUGGAUGAGCUGGUGUGAGCGCCACCUGGGUUUACACCUGCAGCUGGACAAAAGACUUCUUGCUUUGGGAGUGCCCGGUUCCCCCUCAGCCUGUACAAGCAAGGAUGAGGCAGAUUGUCAGGGGGGGAGAGGGCUGGUCACAUACUUUGUCACCCUCCUCCUGCCUUCCUCCACCGUCCUGAUGUGGUCUGCACCGAGACCCUGUUUGCUGGUACUGGACAAUCCACCUGCCUGGUCCCUGCUUCCGUAGGGGAAUAGUCUGUUCCUGUCUGGCCAAGAACAUGGGACCUCUCCUUUAGGAGGACAAGUUGCCCUGACCGACAAGGGCUGUAGCUGGCCCUAGCCCCCCUCUAGUCCUUCCUCCCCUCCCUGCUCCUCCCACAGGAAAGGUGGGAAGGAAGGGAAGACCAAGGACCCACAGGCCUCGCCCUGUGGCUGCAGGAGGAAGAGCAGGGACACACACAAGGGAAAAGUCAAUGUUUACAUUGGACACCCCAUUGGAACAAAGGCUGGCUGGCCGGCCGGCUGCCUCCAGGCUGAAGGAGGUGGGGGAGACCCCUUCCCCUGCCAGAAUCUGAGGUGCUAUCCGUUCUCCCCCUCCUCCUCAGUUACUCUCAGAGCUUCCUGUUCUGAGUGGGGGUCUCAGUGCCCCUCCAGAGAAAGGGCUUGGCCUACACUCAAACUGAUUUCCCAGGGGCUUUUUUCUUAAAGGAGCAAAAGGACCCCGGGGGCUGGGGGCCGUGUAUAGCCAUGGUUGCGCAGGCGCCUUCUUUCCACCCCCCCACUCCUGUAAAUAGUAUUUUUGUUUAUACUUGCUCCUCACCAUCUCAGGCGUUCCACAUGGAAUCCCCAGAAUG